AUCAGCCGCCAUUCUACGAUAUAAUGCAGUUGCCUCCACGAACUUCAAAGCAAGCGUGGUGGCUUUAUUUUACCGGUGAAUCACUUGACUACUAUCCAUUCAUAGGACUUGAAAGUUUCCAAGAAUUAUUUGAUAUGUCAGCUGGUUCACCCGCCAGACUUUUUGACUUCAACCAACCUACAUACCCGAUUCAAACAUCAGACAUUCCUUCAUUCUAUAAAACACACGUGCCUUUUGAUAAAAAGCGAAGUGAUGUACUUAUUGCUUGGAUGGCAACUAAUUGUUCGCCACGUAAUAACAGAAAUGAGUUCGUGCAGAGUCUCAUGAAUCUUACCAUUGUUCACUCAUUUGGAAAAUGUUUGCAUACCCAAGAUUUCCCAAACGACAUUUUGGACAAGUAUGGCUUGAAAAAUGGAACACACGGUCGUUUCAGCGAUAAAAUGGUUGAGAUUAAACGAGAUGUGUUAAGCCCUUACAAGUUUAUUUUAGCACUAGAGAAUUCAAAUUGUGAAGGCUAUGUUACUGAGAAAGUCUACGAUCCAAUGUUAAUUGAUGCCAUUCCAAUCUAUAUGGGUGCUUCUGAUAUUGACGAUUACAUACCUCCUCAUUCAGUUAUCAAAGUAUCAGAUUACAAGACAACUGAAGAAUUGGUUGCCUAUGUGAAGAAGGUGGCAGAUGAUCCUGCAUUGUUUGCCAGCUAUUUUGCUUGGAAAAAUGACACUUCAUACCAAAACUUUUGCAAAAAUUGCCAUUCGUCUACUGAAUCCAUAGUUUGCAAAAUGCUCGAUAGGAUCCAAUGG